GGCUCAAAGCCCCUCAGUAUGCGGUAGAUACAGAGCCAGCCCCCAGCUCAGAGGUCACUGUGCUGCCUGCUCCAGACCCUCUCUCCACCUCGCCUCUGCACCCCGCUGCCCAGGGCUCUGCUCCCAGAGGAAGCCACAGUCAGCCGAGGCCACCGACCUACCCCUGGAGCCAUGGUGCAUGGGUACAAAGGAGUCAAGUUCCAGAACUGGGCUAGGACCUACGGCUGUUGCCCAGAAAUGUACUAUCAGCCCACGUCCGUGGAGGAGGUCAGAGAGGUGCUGGCCCUGGCCAGGCAGCAGAACAGGCGGGUGAAGGUGGUGGGCGGUGGCCACUCGCCCUCGGACAUCGCCUGCACCGAUGGCUUCAUGAUCCACAUGGGCAAGAUGAACCGGCUGCUCCAGGUGGACACAGAGAAGAAGCAGGUGACUGUGGAGGCCGGCAUUCUCCUGGCUGACCUGCACCCACAGCUGGGCAAGCACGGCCUGGCCUUGUCCAACCUGGGAGCUGUGUCAGAUGUGACUGCAGGGGGCGUCAUCGGGUCUGGAACGCACAACACUGGGAUCAAACACGGCAUCCUGGCCACCCAGGUGGUGGCGCUGACCCUGCUGACGGCCGACGGGACCAUUCUUGAGUGCUCCGAGUCCAGCAACGCAGACGUGUUCCAGGCGGCGCGAGUGCACCUGGGCUGCCUGGGGGUGAUCCUCACCAUCACCCUGCAGUGUGUGCCCCAGUUCCACUUGCACGAGAUCUCCUUCCCCUCAACCCUGGAAGAGGUCCUGAACAACCUGGACAGCCACCUCAAGAAAUCCGAGUAUUUCCGCUUCCUCUGGUUCCCACACAGUGAGAACGUCAGCGUCAUCUACCAGGACCACACCAACAAGCCCCCCUCCUCUUCUGCCAACUGGUUUUGGGACUAUGCCAUCGGAUUCUAUUUACUGGAGUUCCUGCUCUGGAUCAGCUCCUUCCUGCCGGGCCUCGUGGGCUGGAUCAACCGCUUCUUCUUCUGGCUGCUGUUCACCAGGAAGAAGGAGAGCAGCAACCUCAGCCACAAGAUCUUCACCUACGAGUGCCGCUUCAAGCAGCACGUCCAGGACUGGGCCAUCCCCAGAGAGAAGACCAAGGAGGCCCUGCUGGAACUGAAGGCCAUGCUGGAGGCGCACCCCAAGAUGGUGGCGCACUACCCCGUGGAGGUCCGCUUCACCCGCGGGGAUGACAUCCUGCUGAGCCCCUGCUUUCAGAGGGACAGCUGCUACAUGAAUAUCAUCAUGUACAGGCCCUAUGGCAAGGAUGUGCCCCGGCUGGACUACUGGCUGACCUACGAGACCAUCAUGAAGAAGGUCGGGGGCAGGCCCCACUGGGCAAAGGUAAUGCUUUGGGAACAAGAGGCUCAUUUCCUGGGUUCCCUCCAGAGGUAAUGGGGUGUUGGACCUGCCUAGAAAAUGUUCUUCAUAUUCCUUUUGCAAAUGUAGUUUCAGUUGGCCUCUGACCUAUCACCCUUCGUGACCAUUCUUUUGUGAGUAUUCACUGCAUAUCUACUCGGGUGUCAAGUGCUUUGGGGAAUUGAUGGAACAUUUAGACAGAUUCCUGGCCUCAAUAAAUUUGUAUUUUAAUUUCAUACCUCAUAAGAGGAUAAUAUCCAUGGUAUAUAAAGAACUCUUAAAAUUCAACAACAACAAAAAUGUUUAAAUGGGCAAAGCACUUGAGUAAACAAGUCUCCAAAGAAGAUACCCAAAUGGUCAAUAAGUCCAAGAAAAGAUGCCCCCAUCACGAAUCAUUUACAAAGUGCAAAUAAAACCACAAUGAGAUAGCACUUCAUGCCCAUUAGGAUCAUUAUUAUUUUAAAAAUUAAAUUAAAAAAACAAGUGUUUGAAGGAUGUGGAGAGAGAGGAACUGUUACGUAUCACUGGUGGGAACAUAACCUGGCACAGCCACUCUGGAAAACAGUAUGGCGGGUCCUCAGAAAAUUAAACCUAGAAUUACCACAUGACCCAGCAAUUCCACUUCUGGGUGUGUGCUCAGAAAAACUGAAAGUAGGAACUCAAGCAGAGAUUUGUACAGCAUGUUCAGAGCAGCAUUAUUCACAAUCGUCAAAAGGUGGAAGCAAGCCAACUGUGUGCAGAUGAAUGGGUAAGCGAAAUGUGUAAUGCACUCACGGCGGAGUAUUAGUCAGCCUUGAAAAGGCUACAGUAUGGAUGCAACUUGUGGCCGUCAUGCACACAAAUACUCUAUGGCCCCACCCAGAUGGGG